CGGAAGAUGAAGCUCGUUACAAAAUAGUUGCGUCAGAGACUCGCGCAGUUUCAAGCGGAAAGGUGAACCUCGGACGUUUCUCUGGGUCAUUAAACGCUAGAGGGAAAUCCUAAACAUGUUGGUGUCAAGGCUGACAUGCCUGAGGAGUCUCCCCUUGGUUGGGCUCCGUCCUGUGUUUUCACAGGGCUCCUCAGCCCUGAGAGCUCCCACCCUGAAGGCCUGCCCACCUCUACUACGUCCUCAGCAGGGCUAUUCCUCAAAGGCCAGAUUUGGAUUCCGCCGUGCAAAAACCAGCAGGGAGCAGCUGAAAGAGGCAGCCUUUGAACCAGCAACCGACACAGCCAUCAAAAUUGAUAGCAUGGGAAGGAUGAUUCUUGCGGGAGGUGCAGUGGUGGGCCUUGGAGCUCUUUGCUACUACGGUCUCGGCAUGUCCAAUGAAAUCGGUGCCAUAGAGAAAUCAAUGAUCUGGCCUCAAUAUGUGAAAGACAGAAUCCAUUCCACCUAUAUGUACUUUGCUGGCAGCGUUGGCCUGACAGCUCUGUCAGCUGUAGCUGUAAGCAGGAACCCGGCAUUGAUGGGUCUGAUGAUGAGGGGGUCCUGGCUGGCAAUUGGAGCAACUUUUGCAGCAAUGAUUGGAGCAGGGAUGCUGGUUCGGUCCAUUUCAUACGAGCACAGCCCGGUGCCCAAACACCUUGCUUGGAUGCUGCAUGCAGGUGUAAUGGGUGCUGUCAUUGCUCCAUUAACUCUGCUGGGAGGACCUCUGAUGAUGAGGGCUGCCUGGUACACUGCAGGCAUUGUUGGAGGCCUGUCCACUGUGGCUAUGUGUGCUCCAAGUGAGAAGUUCCUCAACAUGGGAGGACCUCUUGCUGUCGGCUUCGGAGUGGUAUUCGCCUCCUCUCUUGGGUCAAUGUUCCUUCCACCCACCUCAGCAUUUGGAGCAGGCUUGUAUUCUGUUGCCGUCUAUGGAGGCCUAGUUCUGUUCAGCAUGUUCCUCCUUUACGAUACACAAAAGGUUAUGAAGAGAGCGGAGACCCACCCGCUGUACGCUGCACAGAAAUACGACCCCAUAAAUGCGUGUAUGGGGAUUUACAUGGACACGCUGAACAUUUUCAUGAGGCUGGUAAUGAUUCUAGCUGGUGGCGGUGGCGGCAAGAGGAAGUAAACGUCUGUUCCACUUUUAUUUGCUUCCAUAGAGCUAAACAAAGGUUCCAGUCAGCAUAAAAGUGUUAUCCUUUGAGUCUUAUGACUGAUAGUUGAUAUUAAAAGCUUUGGAAGGAUUUGGGAAUGGCACUCUGUGCAGCCAGUUGGCAAUAAAAUCAAGAAGAGAAAUUCAUGUAAUUUGAUUACACCCUGUGAUGAACCUCUUUCUUGAUUAUUAAACAUUUGUUUUUUUCUGGGAGAGCAAGCAUCUGUUAAAUCUGUCAGAGGGAAGUUGACACGCUGCUUUUGUACUAUAGUUUUUCUAUUUAUUUUUGCUGGCAAACCUCAAAUAUAAUUUAGCAGAUCUACUGCAUGCCAACUGAAAUACUUCCACAUCGUUUGUUUGUGAUUAAACAUUCACUGUUUUAUCACUGUCAUUACUGGGGGAAAUAAAUGUAUAUGUUUCUGAAUAACAUGAAGCUUUUUCAACUGCAAUAAAUAAACAGUUAUUAAAUCA